UAUUACAGAAUAUACUCUCACUUAUGUUUAGCACUUAAACAAACUGUUGAUCGUCACACAACCAAAAAGCAGGCUGAAAAAUUUUAUUAUGUUGGAUUUGCAAAUAUCCCUACAAGAUAUUCAUUAAAAGAAAUGAAUUGCUUAAAAAUUGGAACUCUACUAAGAGUGAGUGGGCAAAUCAUAAGGACACACCCUGUACACCCUGAAUUAGUUAGUGGGACAUUUGUGUGUUUGGAUUGUCAAUCAACAGUUAAAGAUAUUGAACAACAAUUUAAAUUCACACAACCAACAAUAUGUCAUAAUCCAGCAUGUACGAAUCGUAGCAAAUUUUUGCUUGAUAUUCAUAAAUCAAGAUUUGUGGAUUUUCAAAAAAUUAGAAUCCAAGAAACACAAUCUGAUAUAUCCAAAAGUAGUGUUCCAAGAAGCUUUGAUAUGAUAGUGAGAGGUGAAAUGGUAGAUGUGGCAAGACCUGGAGACAAAUGUGAUUUUAUUGGAACUCUGAUUGUCAUACCUGAUAUUUCAAAAUUAGCUACUGCUGGUGCCCGAAUUGAAAGCAGCACAAGAAUAAAAGGAGGAGAAGGUACUCAGAAUGAAGGUGUAAAAGGUUUAAAGGCAUUGGGAGUCCGGGAUUUGACUUAUCGAUUGGCGUUUCUAGCUUGUAACAUAGAAUUCUCUAAUAUGGAUAUGGGCAUUAAUACAAUGUUGGAUGGUGAGAUCAGUGCCGAGAUGAUCAAAGAACAGAUGACUGAAGAAGAAUGGUCUAAGAUUUACGAAAUGACUCAGGACAAAAACCUCUACCAGAAUCUUAUAAGCUCACUAUUUCCCGCAAUUUAUGGUAAUGAAGAUGUUAAAAAGGGUAUUCUUCUCAUGUUAUUUGGCGGUGUUGGUAAAAGAACGAUUGAAAAUACUACUCUUAGAGGAGAUAUCAAUGUUUGUGUUGUGGGUGAUCCAAGCACUGCUAAAAGUCAAUUACUCAAAGCAGUUGAAGAAUUCAGUCCACGAGCUGUGUACACUAGUGGUAAAUCUAGUUCAGCUGCUGGGCUCACAGCUGCUGUUGUCAGGGAUGAGGAAACUGGUCAGUUUGUUAUUGAAGCUGGAGCUCUUAUGCUGGCCGACAAUGGGGUAUGUUGCAUUGACGAAUUUGACAAAAUGGACUUAAAAGAUCAAAUUGCCAUUCACGAAGCAAUGGAACAGCAAACUAUCUCCAUUACAAAAGCAGGGGUAAAAGCUACUCUAAACGCAAAAACUUCUAUUCUUGCAGCCGCUAACCCUAUAGGGGGCAAAUACGACCUUUCAAAAUCGCUUAAGGCUAACAUCAGCUUGAGUGGUCCUAUCAUGUCUAGAUUUGACUUGUUUUUCGUUCUGGUGGAUGAAUGUAACGAGAUAAUUGAUAACGCUAUAGCUAGCAAAAUAAUAGCCCUUCACAAUAACGAUAAUGAUGAGCAACUCAAACAAGUCUAUUCCUACAAGUCCAUUCAGAAAUACAUACUGUUUGCUAGGAAAUUUAAACCAAUGAUAAGCAAAGCGGCGGCUAAUUGUAUCGUGGACAAGUUUAAACAGCUUAGACAGAGAGAUGUGUCAAGUAUUACUAAAUCGGCAUGGAGGAUCACCAUUCGACAGUUAGAAAGCAUGAUUCGAAUAAGUGAAGCUAUAGCUAAAAUGUAUUGCCUUGAUAUGGUAGAACCAGCCCACGUUUUAGAAGCUUACAACCUAUUAAAUAAAUCUAUUAUAAGAGUGGAUCAUCCUGAUAUAGAAAUUGACAGUUAUCUCGAUCAAUCUAUCAACCUUCAAGCUGAUUCACAAAAAUCAUCUCUUAUAACACCCACUCAAAAGAAGUCUUUAGAUCGAGAUAUACUCAUUGAUCUAGAAAAAUCACCUAUUCCCCGGAAAAAUGUCAAACUAUCCUACAAUGAAUACAAAUCCAUAGCAAACAUGGUUUUAAUUUACAUGAGGCAACAAGAAGCUAUACUCGAACAAGACACUACAAUACAACAACAAUCAUCAGAGGAUACCUUAUCUCAAUCAACAUCUUCUAAUUAUCUCAAAAGAAGUCAAAUAAUUCAAUGGUAUUUGGAUGAGAUAUCGGCUGAUAUAGACUCUGAAGCUGAACUUAUAGAAAAAAAAUUGUUGAUUGAAAAAAUUUUGGAUAGACUUAUCGAUAUAGAUCACGUUAUAAUCAAAAUUGGAACCUAUGGGCUUAAAGGAUCUCAGACUCAAUUAAAGCUUGAUGAUCCAUUUUUAAUUGUUCAUCCAAACUAUGUACUGGAUUUAGAUUAAAUAAGGCAUUAUUUAACUUCUAUUUUUUACUGUAAUUUUAUAAAUAUCUUUUUGUAUAUACUAUUUUUAUGGCAAAUUUUUUUUGUGACAAUUUAAAAUAUAA